AACAAACCCUAAUUCAAAAAGGCGGGAAAAUCUCACUGGCAACAACUCAAAAACAAAAAAUAUUGUUUUUACAAAAAUGAAAUAACAUUGGAAAUGAAACAAACCUUCUAUAUUUAAAGACUGAAUACAUUUCCUGUUUUCAAAAGUUAGGGUUUCAGUAACCACAAUUCUGUUUCCGGCCAUUUGAUCGGAGAUGACGACGGCGACGGCGGAGAAUGAGAAGAAAGAAGAGGUGAAAGGCGGAGAGUUGUUGUUCUGUGGUGUGACUGAGUGGGACGACGUUGGCCGCCGUAAGGGUUCAUCGGAGCUUAACUUGGUUUCUCCCACGCGGCUCCGGCCACUCGUCGGCGUUGAUAUUCGUUAUGUUGCAGCUGGUUGUGCGGCUGUACAUUGUGUUGCACUGGAUGUUGAUGGACGUUGCUUUACUUGGGGACGCAAUGAUAAGGGUCAGCUUGGACAUGGAGACCGGGUUCGACGGGAUAUGCCCACCAUAGUCUCGGCGCUUGCUUCGUACAAAGUUGUUAAAGCAGGAAGUGGGAAAUCUCAUACCGUCAUAGCAACCGAAGAUGGUCUCUCUUUUUCUUUUGGUUGGAAUAAACACGGUCAGCUUGGUACAGGCUCAGCAAAAAAGGAAUUUGAGUUGGACCCGGUACGCUGUUUGGUAACUGAAGUCACAAAGGUUGCUUGCGGAGCUGACUUUACCGUUUGGUUGACUUCUGUUGAAGGCGCUUCUAUACUAACUGCUGGACUUCCACAGUAUGGUCAACUUGGACAUGGAUCUGACAUGGAGUAUAAUACUAAAGAUAGCUCUGUUAAGCUUGCUUACGAGGCACAACCUCGCCCCACUGCAAUAGCUUCUUUUGCUGACGAAACCAUUGUAAACGUGGCGUGUGGAUCAAAUCAUACAGUUGCUGUGGACUCAAAGGGCUACGUUUACACGUGGGGCUUCGGAGGAUAUGGAAGGCUUGGACAUAGAGAGCAAAAGGACGAGUUUACUCCUCGUCGUGUUGAUGUUUUCACCAAGCAUAAUGUUUUACCUCCGGGUGCAAUCCUUUCUGCUGGUUCUGCAAAUUCUGCUGUUACUGCUGGUGCAGGGCAGAUGUACAUGUGGGGCAAGAUUAAGAACACCGGUGAUGAUUUGAUGUACCCUAAACCGCUCAUGGAUCUCAGCGGUUGGAAUGUACGGUGCAUGGAUUCAGGCUAUAUGCACCAUUUUGUUGGUGCUGAGAGCUCGUGCAUAAGUUGGGGGCAAUGUCACUCGGGUGAACUUGGAUAUGGGCCCCACCAGCAGAAAUCUUCUGCAAUCCCGAAGAAGGUAGACGCCCUUGAAGAUAUGCAUGUUAUCAGUGUUGCAUGUGGUUUUGCGCAUUCUUUGGUGGUUGUGGACCGAACAAAUGCCGGUGAUCAACUUGAUCAGCUUGAAAUUUAUGAUGGUGAAGGCGUCGAAGAACCUAGGGCGGAACCAUCACCCGCCAAACAAUCAAAAAAACGGGCUGCUGCUGCUGCAAAAACAUCCAACAAGAGGAAGCAAUCCAAAGAAGCUUCUGAUCUAGAAGACGAAGAGGAAAACAACAAUGAAGAAGACGGUGAUGAUAGUGACCCAGAAGCUAACGCUGUUGCUGAAAAAAAGAGUAAAAGAGGCGGGAAGGCUGCUGGCAGAGGCCGUGGAAGAGGCCGCCCUCCUGCUGCCAAAAACAUCCAACAAGAGGAAAAACGGGCUGCCGCUGCAGCAAAAACAUCCAACAAGAGGAAGAAAUCCAAAGAAGCUUCUGAUCCAGAAGACGAAGAGGAAAACAAUGAAGAAGACGAUGAUGAUAGUGACCCAGAAGCUAAUGCUGUUGCUGAAACAAAGAGUAAACGAGGCGGGAAGGCUUCUGGCAGAGGCCGUGGAAGAGGCCGCCCUGCUGCUGCCAAAAAGGAGGAUAGUGGAGCUGCAUCGGCUAAGAGAGGAAGAGGAAGGCCAAAGAAGGCAUGAGCUGACCUUGGGGUGUAAGUGGUUUAUAAUGUAUCGUGUUCACUAACUUUGUAUUCAGAUUCACUUGGUAUGUGGAUCGAACGUGAGCGAGCUAACGGUUAGAGGAUGAUUCUCUUUUUGUAACGUUGAACGCUUUUAUUAGUACGUUUAUGGAACGUUGGUUUUUGGAAGGUUCAUCAGGAUCUCUUUGUUUA